GCGAACCGCCAGCCAGCGCAGCACAGACUUCAGCAACUGUCACUUUCACAAAUCUUGAUGAAAACCCCAAAACACCCUCCACUGAAGCCCUAAGGCCACCUCCACUUCCACCCAAAGCAAAUGAAAAAACACAAUACCAGAAGCCGGCUCUACCACCAAAACCACAACGCUCAAAACAAACACCCARCGACGCAACAGAGAAUACCGCCCCUCCUCCAAAAACACCUAGCCCGAUUAAAGGUAACCAGCAAAACCCAGUCAUUCCAAAAACGAAACCAGGGAACCCAUCUCCCCCUCCUCUGCCUCAGAAACCUUCAUCAAAUAGACAACAAACCACAAAGGACUCACAACCGGAAUGUAUUAAUAAAGCAAAGCAAUACUCACCUCAGGCCAGUGCUACCAAUAACAUCCCAGCCGAGUACAAAAAGUCAGUUCAGCUUGAGCAAAAGAGGGAACAGAAAAACAUUGGAACAACAUUGGCAGUUGAUCAUCGUUUGGCCGUGUCAAAUGGCACUGAAAACGAGAUGGACAGAAACGUAAUACAGAAAAUCAAUGCAGCAAAAGAGAUUCGAAUGUGCAUGCAGAGCUACACAGAAGAUUGUAAUGCACAACAGGAAAUAAACACAGACUUUCAGGUCGCAAUCCAAAACUUCAGGGGGAAGGAGAAGAAUGUUGUGGACACAGCCCCUGUGCUGCCAAAUAAGAUCAAAGUAAUUCGGGAAAAGGUCAGCCAAGAAAACCAGGUCACCAAAACCACCAACAUGCAACAGAAGAUAAACCCCUCGACUGUGCAGCAGGGGAGGACAGAUAUUCACAAUCAGGGCUGCAAUACAGAUCUCCACGAACCCUACUCCCCAACUACGACAGAUAGACUUUCAAUGAGCCAACAUGACAGUGACAAGCUGCCAGGAGGAGCAUCCAUAACAGUGACGAGCUGCCAAGAGGAGCAUCACCAGAGACCUGAGGACAAAGUAGUUCUGAGGAAGAAGAAAGAAAAGAAAGAGACCGAGGACCAGCGACGUCAGAGGCUGUCUGUUCACAAAGAUGACAUUAUGAGAGGGAACGUGAAGGCAGCGAUGGAGAUAUUCGAGAAUCUGAGGAAACGAGAGGAACUCAAGACGAUCCUGUCUCAAGUUCAAGAGAUAGAGGGAGAGACCAGGGAAGUGGAUGUCAGUUCAUUAAAGAGCUUAUUCGAGAAUGUACCUGCUUGGAUAGUCACGCCUUGUAAACAUACAAAGCAAAGUCACACGAAAGGGGAAAUKAAAGUUGAAAUAGAGUCAGUGAGCAAUGAUAUGGAAAGUGGAUCUUCGGUAGAGACUGUAUUCGGAGACCUAGAAAAGGCAAGCAAAGAUAUAAUGCAUUUGAAAGAGCAGACGUUAGCAAAACUUAUUGACAUAGAGGAGGCAAUCAGAAAGGCUUUGUAUUCUGUAUCCAAUUUAAAAUCYGAGGCUGAUAUCGCAGGUUUAUCAGGACUCUUUAACGAAUCUUUGCAGACCGAGCAAAGCCAUCAACCCACCAACAACAUAAGAAAAAUCAGUAUCGCAUCCACCAAGGCCACUAAGGCCAAAACAGAACCAGCUAGGGAGGCAUCUGAGGGGAAAACGAAAGGUGUAUCGGGAUCGUCAAAAAGAUCAGAGUCAGCCUCACUCUCUCCGGUACUUGACAAGCCCCAAAUCAAACAAUGGUCUACCUCCCCAUCCUCUCCAUCAUUCAUCUCCAUUCACUCUGCUGCCAGGAAGCCUGCAGAACAGCCAAAGUCACCGCAGCCACAGUUCUCAUCAUUCAAGCCUAAACCAGAGCCUAAACCAGAGCCUAAACCAGAGCCUAAACCAGAGCCUAAACCAGAGCCUAAACCAGAGCCUAAACCAGAGCCCAAACCAGAGUCUAAACCAGAGCGGUGUCCUUCCCCAAGCUCCCAUGAAGCCAAUGGUGACCUGGGUCAACGAUCUGCCUCUGAUUCCCCAAACCACUUCUACAGUCCUGCUAGUCCAAGACGAAAGGUCAGCAUACUGGAGGUGCAAACUGUCCCUGAGACUGUUCCUGCCGGAAUCAUUGGCACAAAGACUGUCAGUGAAAAAUACGAGGAGAUGGACUGCUUCGGCAACACAUUUGUCUCGUCAAAGACUUCGACGUUUGUCACGAAGCACUCUGAGAAGUUUGGAGUAGUCACCAGUCCAACCAGGUAUGAAGUCGUGACAUCCCCUAUCAUGCAAAGGUCCGGUCAUCCCUUUUCAGAGAAUGCUCAGUCCAACGCCAAAGAGGGCGGGACGGUUUUUGUAACAUUUGGUCUACCAAAACGUGGAAAACUUUGA